GACGACUGUUUGCUGCCGCCGCUCAUUGCUCGUCCUCUGACUGGUCAGUGUAACAUUCGGUUAAAUUUUUUCUCCGUUUUUUUUUCUCAACGGUUUUUUACAACCGCACGCCCGAGUGCCCGACUAGUUGAAAGCAUCUCGUCACGUACGCGCGCGCAAAAUACAGUUAGUAGUUACACCGUGCAACAUCCACCGUCCGUCGAACACCGUUGUCGACGAACUCGUACCGGCUGUGUCGUUUGUGUCGCACAACGACAACGAUACGUUCCAGAUUCAACCAACGCCGUCUCGUAACAACAGAGCACCACCGCCUUAGCAAAAAUGGCUGGUGGUAAAGCGGGUAAAGACUCCGGUAAAUCCAAGGCGAAAGCUGUAUCCAGAUCCGCCAGGGCAGGAUUACAGUUUCCAGUGGGAAGAAUUCAUCGUCAUUUAAAAAAUCGUACUACAAGUCAUGGCCGUGUAGGAGCGACAGCGGCUGUAUACAGUGCUGCCAUUUUAGAAUAUUUGACUGCUGAAGUACUUGAAUUGGCUGGUAAUGCAUCAAAGGAUUUAAAAGUGAAGCGUAUCACGCCACGUCAUUUGCAACUUGCCAUCAGAGGAGAUGAAGAAUUAGACACACUCAUCAGAGCUACAAUUGCAGGAGGAGGUGUUAUCCCUCAUAUCCACAAAUCCCUCAUCGGCAAAAAGGGAUCUCAAAAACCACAGUAAAAUUCCACCUGCCAUACAAGACUUUAAUUAAAUGUAAAACAUUUAUUUGUAAUUUGUAAGCUAUGUAAUUUGAUUUUAUUCUUUUGCCUUUUUCAAUAAUUAAUUUUAUACCUCACAAUAUUAUAAAAUGAUUCCAUUUGCUAUUUUUGUGCGAGUGUAGGAGGUAUAAAACUUCUUAUGGCAAAGACUAAUUAUAUUAAGACAAAGUAAACUUCGACUUUUUUUUUUAAUUAUAUCAAUUUUUUCACUAAAGUUAUAUCAAUUGAAAAUUGUUUUUGAUUAUGUUUCUAAUCGAAAAUCUCGAUUACGUAAAAUCUAGAAUGUACAAUAUUUUUUUGUAUUAUUCACUUAAAAGAUAAAAAAAAAAAAAUAAAAUAUAUCCAUUUCUUUUUAUAA